AUGCCAGACAUUGUUUUUGAUAUAAUAGGUACUUGCAUUGGGUACGACGUAAUGCUAAAUGCCAUUGAAAACAGACUGAGUAAGAGACUUCUUCAGUUUAAUAUCAACACAGAUCUUUUCUUUGAUGCUUGGGGAACGGCGUGCGAAAGAGACUUCUCUUACCUCUCUCAAAUCGGAGAGUAUCAGCCUACAAAGAAAAUCCUUAAGGCUACGUUUUUCAGAACUCUAUAUCACGCAGGUAUUCAAGAUCCAAAAAGCUUUGCUACAGAGGAAGAUCUAGAGUACCUCUGCGCUGAAUGGCUAAAGCUCAAGGCUCGACCAGAGUUGCCAGCAAUGUGGAAGCUGUUGAGAAACAAUGGUUUUACUAUAUGGUGUCUUACAGAUGGAGACAAGGAAAGAGUCAAGGGCUACUUCAAGAACUCCUUAAUUGAGAUGCCGGAGGAGAACAUCGUAUCAUGCGAUAGUUUGAAGAUUGGAAAACCAGCACCCGAGGUUUACAAGUACAUGCUUGAGAAAAUUCCUGGUAGAGGAAAAGACGCGUGGUUUGCUGCAGCGCAUAUGUGGGACUGUUGCGCCGCAAAAAAGGCUGGAUUCCAUACAGCGUGGACUGACGUGUAUGAGAAGUAUCCUUGUGAGGAAAUAUUUGGUGAACCUGACAUUAUCGCUGGUGGUCUUAUGGAUAUGGCCGAGAAGAUUGUGCAAAAUUACCAGAACCUUUAG